AUGUCGCCAUUGGAGGAUUCAAACCUCUCUGCACCAUGUGCUCUGUGGCCUGUGGAUCUGAAGUUAACACAUGUAGAUUGCAACCCAGAAAAUGCACUUGUGCAUUUCCAGGGUCAGUAUCUGACUGUGUGUGAGCUGGACUACAACAUAUUGCAAGCAGAAAUACAAAAUGCACAGAAGACAAAAGUGUCGGUGGAAGUAGGUGAAUUCUGUUUGGUUGAAGACAUCCUCUCUGGUUAUUGGUUCAGAGGAAGAGUUCAGAACAGACACAGUGAUCUGUUUGAUGUGUUCCUCGUGGACCACGGCAAUAUAUUGACUGUUGAUGCCAGCCAUGUGGCGUCCGCCUCUGAUGAGUUGUUUAUACUUCCUCCUAAAAUUGUGUGUGGCUUUUUUGCCAGUCUGCUGCCGCUAUACAAACAUUGGGAUUCUCUGGGAGGAAAGUAUUUUUCGUCUUUGAUAGGGAGUGAAAUCAAAGGGUAUAUCCAAGGCUUUCUGCCACACAAAGUCCUGAUACUGGAAGCACCUGAUAUCAACAAAGAUAUUUUAAAACUGAGCCUAGGAAAACAUGUAGAUAGGGACACAUUCCUUCUGCUUGUGGAAAUGUUGACAGAGGUACCACUCAAACAAAGCAGUGAGCCUGUUCCGGAUCUAGGCUUUGACAAUGUGCUGUUGUUUUGUGGCCCCAAGAUUUCAGUUGGAAAAAAAGAAAGGGUAAAAGUAACUGCGGCAGUAAACCCAGGUACAUUUUACUGUCAGUUAACAAGCAUGGGGAAGGAUCUAAAAGAGAUGUCAGACAAACUGUCACUUGCUUGCGAGUCUAAGGACAAAGAUCUUACUGAGAAGACCAUUGGAAAUUUGGGGUUGCUCUGUUCAGUGAAAGGAAAAGAUGAGAGGUGGCACAGAGGAUUUGUGCAAUUCCUCCCUUUAAACUCUCAAGUAAGAGUCUUGUUUGUUGAUUAUGGGUUUUCUGAAUCUGUAAAAAUUGAAAAUAUCCUUCAGCUUCCUUCUGAUUUGCUUUCAGUACCAAUCAUGGCUUUCCCAUGUGCAUUGUCAUGUCUAAAUGAGGAAGAUGACACUGUUGUGAAAUCACAACUUAAUUACUUAAAGAAGGGACUACUGGGUGACGUUGUGGAUAUCCAGAUAGAUUCUUUUAACGCAGAGCAGAAUCUGUAUUCUGUUACAUUGCAUAGUGCUGAACAUGAUGCUAAUGCAGUAUUACAUGAAAUGGACCCCAUCAAUAAACCAAAAACGAAUGCUCAUUGUGAACUGGAAGAACAUGCUCCUCAAGAUAACCUUCCUUUGCAAUACAUAACUGAGCCAACAAAGGCACAUGUAUCGGAGAAUUCAGUGUUUCUGAAGGAAAUGAAGGAAGGCUCCAUCUUUGAGGGUUAUGUGGAACAUGUACUGAAUCCGACCAAUUUCUGGCUGAGAACCCAGGAACGCAAUCAAAACUUUGAAGACAUGAUGAGUAAAAUGACAGAAUACUUCAGUGAGUUACGGCUGGAUGAAGGAGUUCUUGUGAACCCAAUACCUGGUGUGGCCUGUUGUGCGAUGUAUGAAAAAGACAUGCACUACUACAGAGCUGUGGUGACCGACACACUUGAAAAUGGAGCGGAAGUGUUCUUCGCAGAUUUUGGGAAUACCGAAAAAGUUCCAUACAUGCUGAUCAAAACGCUGCCCCCAAAGUUUGCGGUUGAACCAGAUUUUGCUCUGAAUUGCUCCCUUGCUCAUGUGGUUCCUGUGGAUGAUGUAUGGACAGUUUCUGCAACGGAUUACUUCAGGCAAGCAGUGUCGGAUAGGCCUCUCCUUGUGCAUGUUGUCCACAAGAGGAAAGACAGGUAUGUGGUGGAUUUAUACGAAAAGGGAAAUCAAGGCAGAAGUAUUGCCAUGCUCAUGGCGACAGCGAAAAUGGCUGAGUACUGGAAACACACACUACUGACCUUCAGAGCUGGAAGUGAACUGGCUGUCAGGUGUUCCUACAUCAGGUCCCCUUCAGAUUUUUGGUGCCAGCUCAGGAGCAACUUGAGUAAAUUGGACGAACUGAUGGAAAAAAUACAACAGGAUUACCAAACACAUGCAGAUCCAUGGCGGCCGAAUGAACUGCGCUGUAUUGUAAAGUGUCAAGAUGAUGGUAAAUGGUACAGGGGCUGUGUCCUUAAUGCUCAGGAUGGCGAGGUUUACGUGAUCUGUGUAGACACUGGCAGGAUUGUGAAGGAGAAAUCACACAACCUUAGAGCUAUGAAGGCAGAGUACCUUGAACCUGAGGGUCAAGCAUUCAGAUGCAGUCUCUACAACUUAAUUGAACCAGCAGGUAGUAGCCCUGGUGUGUGGAGUACAGAUGCAAGCAAUUUACUGAAGGAAUUUGUGAAGGACAAAUUGAAGAAUUUGAAGUGCACUAUAUAUUCACAGCUCUUGGAGAGGAAUAAAGGCCUGUCCAAUGUUGUUGACCUCCACACACCUCUUCAGAGUGCAACAAAUCUGCUUGUGGAGAAGGGUUUUGCAAGACAGCUGGAAUCAGAACAGUUUUUACCAUCAGUUUAUCCCUAUUCCUUUCACUACUCUUUGUUCCAUCUGAGCAAUGGUAGUAAAGAGACAGUAUUUGUCACUCAUGUAUGCAGCCCAUGGGAAUUGUAUUUCCAGUUGGACAAAAAUGAGGAAAUUCUAGAUCGGAUAGAGAAGUCUGUAAAAAUUUGCAGUGAAAUGCAUGUAUCAGAUGUUGGUCAAGUUAGACUUUGUUUGGCAAAAUAUUUUGUAGAUGGCAAGUGGUACAGGGGUCUUGCCUACCCUGUUCAGUCAGCUCUCCAUCUGAACGUUUUCUUUGUGGAUUAUGGAAAUAUGCAAGUUGUGGAAAAAAGCAAUGUUCUCCCCAUUCCUAAACAUGCCACAGACCUCUUGUUGGUGCCAAUGCUGGCCUUGAGAUGCAGACUUUCAGAUGUACCACAAGGGGAAAUACUUGCUGAGGUGAAUAUCUGGCUAGAGAAAGCCAUUCUAAAUAAAAUGUUGCAAGCUACAAUUGUUGGAAAAGACGAGGAAGGUACCAUCAUCUGUGACCUGUUUGAUGGAAGUCUUCAUGUAAAUGAGAAAGUGAAAGAACUCAUAGCAAUGCAAGGACCUAAAGAAAAGACUCAGAUAAAGCCUGGCUUUAGAGGUGUUGGAUUCGUUUCUCAUGUGAACUCUGUCACUAGUUUCUAUAUUCAAAUGGAGGAAGAUGAACAAGCCAUUCUAAAAAUGCGUGAAGAGCUCAAUAACACGCUAUCUAAAGAAAACCUGGAAAACAUAACUGGACAGGUUAAUACUGGUGCUGUUGUUGCAGGCAAAUAUGACGAGGAUGGAGCUUUCUACCGUGCAGCUGUGAUGGACCAUCUCAGUGAAAGCCUAAUGAAAGUUGAGUUUAUUGACUAUGGAAACGAGGCAACUGUAGACAAGAAAAAUGCUCGGAUACUUACAAGAACUUUUUUGACACAGCCAAGACUAAGCAUACCUUGUUCACUAGAAAACUCUGACAUAUUUGUGCCUGAUACUUUUGCAGGAGCAGUAGCUGGAAAAUCUCUUGCAGUUGAGUUUAUCAAACAACUCUCUCUGGCUCCGGUGCAAAUGGAUUUUGGGUACUCGGGCUUUGCAGCAGCGGUUACUACACCAUGUGAAUUUUCUGUUGUGCUUGAAGAUAUGCUUCUUGUCAUGAGCAAUGUCUCCACAGUCCUUGAGAAUCUUCCUGAUGAUUUGGCUUCAUUACCUGAAGCAGCUUUCAUUCCUGGGGCAUGUGGCAUGGUGAAGUCUGAAACAAAGAAGAAAUGGUGUAGAGCUGAGAUCAUACAUGUUGACAGCUUGUCUGUGGUGAUCGACCUUGUAGAUUAUGGUCAUUGUGCGCAUAUACCUUAUGCAUGUCGCGGUAACCUGACAAGACUUCCCGAGGAGCUUGCAAGAUUGCCAAAGGUUGCAUAUCCUUGCACUCUUAGAGGAAUCAGACCUGCCAGAGGGGAGCAGUGGGCUGACGAUGCCAUUGUGUUCUUUCAGGAAUGCAUCUGUCAAAGGAACCUUCUUAUCUACUUCAGACAGUAUGUUUCUGAAGCUCGGUGGGAGGUGGACAUUGUGGCAGGGGGUGUAAACGUCGCCAAGGAGUUAGUCGAUGCUGGAUACGGCACUUACAUUGACAACAUUCUUGGGCUCAGAUUGCAACAAGAAUCAAGCUCUGGGAGACUGCGACCUGAACGCAGCGCCUUAGACCGCUCGGCCAUCCUGACACUGUGA